UAUACGAAAAAUGACUGAUUAGCGAGUCGCGGACACCGAUUCAUUCCUUACGAUAUUCAUAAACCGUACGGUAGUGUCUGCAAUAACAAAAACCCACAAUAUCUGUCAAAAGAUUAUAUGAGUAACGUCAGUAACAAAUUUUGAUAUGGAUUUAUAUGAUAUCCUUCUCCAGACAGGAUUGAUAACAUCCGCAUUUGUUUUAUAUUUAUUAUUUUUAAGGAGACCCACCAAGAAAACUGGACCUUACAGAGAUAAAGAAUGGAAUUACAUAAUAAAAUAUAUCUUUGCACGUAUCGCUGUCAGGCGAUGGAAAUCACGGUUUCCUUCAAAGUUCGUGGUGUCUGAGAAGAGUAAAGAAAGGCUGACAGAAGGAUGGGACGGCAUCUCAAUACGAGCGUCUGCGCCAGAUGGCGCUACCGUGCUGUUUGGUAUACGCAAAAUAUGCGGUCGCAAGCCAAUGGCGGAAGUUACUCUGUACGUGAAACUAGCUGAUGGUACUUCAUAUAAAUUGCCAUGUUAUUCUGAAACAUUAGUAGUUCCAUGGGAAGGUAUAGAAGACGGAUGGAGCGCAGGGGGAUUGAAAAUACAGAUCCUUGAACCUGAACAAAGACUGAGAAUCUUGUACAACGGCUUACUAACGAAUUCCGUCGACAAUACUACACAGCAUGUGCGAAUUAAUCUUAUUUGGUGUUCAGCAACAAGUGUGGUGCGGCACCCUGCCGACUGGAGCGACCAGCUCGCAGCACACGCGCUGGCGUUGGACACCUGGCGCGAUGGCUCCUGGACUCAAAUACUAAGUAAAUUCGGGCACAACAGCUGGCUGCAGUUUGGCGCGGUGCAGGGCACGCUGCAGACGUUCGAGGAGGAGGGCAUCCUGCAGAGGAAGGAGCGGCUGCGGCUGCGGGGAGUGCGCGAGAGAGGCUGGUCACGAGACACCUGUCCUAGACGUACACUCACACUAACCGCCGCCGCUAAGGACGGCACCGCUAUUAUGCUGAGAGGACUUUCAUAUAAAAAUAUUUUUAAUGAAUUAAUCUCUGGCUUCGUGAGAUUUCCUGACUACACGAUUAAACCUUUGACCGCCACAGAUCUCGUUAUGUCAGAGUUUUGUGAAACUCCUGAAGGAAUACCGAAAGCUUACACAAUAACUUGUGUAGCAAAUGGUCGCAGUUUAAAAGUGGUAUUAAGAAUAAACGACGACGACAGUAAAGCGAUCUCCAGUGCGCCACUCAGACAAGACAUUAUCUACCGAACUCUAGCUGUGGAAAUAAAUGGAGAACAUGGCACUGGUAUCUUAGAGUUGACAUACGAAUCUUCGGAUAAAACGCAAAUCCUUCCACAAGCACCACAGACACUUUUAAAAUGGUUAAGUGAAGACAAGGCCGGUGCAGUGGGGUACUGUGUGACUUUGGAGGAGGUGGCGGCGGCGAGCCCCGCGCACGUCGGCGGCAAGGGCGCCUCCCUCGCGCUGCUAGCUUCGGUACAGAACGACGAGGGUUACAAAGUGCCUCCCGGUUUUUGUUUGACCACAAAAGCUUUGGAAAGGCAACUAGAAGUGUACCCGGAGUUAGUUCAGGCGAUACAAGCGAUAGAGGCUGCUAAUGAAGAUUACGAUGAAAGUGUAUUCAAACAGAAAUGUGAGAUAGCCGUAGAUUUAUUUAUGAAAACUGAAAUAUCAGAAGACGUCGAAGAAGAAGUAUUGAAGUACUUGAAUGAUUUGGGAAUAAAGAUUAAGGAGCAAAAUUUUAGUACAGAAGAGCGCUUUGCCGUCAGAUCAUCGGGUGUGUGCGAGGACAGCGAGGCGACGUCCGCGGCGGGGCAGAACGCGACGGAGCUGGGCUGCGCGCGCGGCGGCGUGCUGCGCGCCGUGCGCCGCUGCUGGGCCUCCAUGUUCGCAUUUAAUAGUGCAUACUAUCGCAGACAAAACGGGCAGCCGUGCGCGUGCGGCGGCGGCGUGGUGGUGCAGGCGCUGGCGCGGGCGCGCGUCGCCGGCGUGCUCUUCACACGCCACCCGCUCGGAGACCCCUCCACACUCCUCAUCACUGCCAACUACGGUCUUGGAGAGAGUGUGGUCUCCGGGUCAGUUGAACCAGAUUCGAUAAUAGUAAAGCGUGAUCCAAAUGGACUUAGGAUAGCUAAAAUCGAUCUCGGAUCGAAGAAGGAACGAGUGAAACCCGAUGGCGAUGGAGUGACUGUAGAAUUGGUCUCCGAAGAAGAGAGGAAGAUGCCAUGUCUCACAGUGUCGGAGAUAUUAAAGUUGGCAAAAAUAGGAGUUUCACAAGAAGAACUUUGGGGCGCGGGAAGGGACAUAGAAUGGGCUAUUUGCGAUGGUGAAAUAUAUUUAUUACAAGCUCGUCCUAUCACGUCGUUAGAGCGCUGGACAGAGGAGGAACUUUUACACGAGUUGGAUUUCCCCAUCAUGUCUGAUGAUGAACUGCUCACAUUCGCUAACACAGGAGAGGUACUUCCAAAACCUCUGACACCUUUGACUUACGACUUAGUGAUAACACCUCUCCAGAGAGGCAUCGACAGUGUGAUCGGAUGCAAUGGCGACCACUACGACCGCAGCGUCGCCCUCACACACAACAGAUGUGCCCUCGUUCUUUAUAACUCGGUGUACCGUCGCAUGCCGCCUCAGAUAGACGUCGGUAUCCGUAUGGUGGAGAUGGCGGUGCACGGGCACAAGGUGGCCGACGAGCGCGUGCUCAGCACGGCGCUGCACCGCCGCCGCCCGCGCCUACUCGACAGGGCACUCACUAUGGCCUCCAUGAUUAAGUCGGUACUUUUUACAAAAUCAACAAUGAAUGAUACAAUCAAGCGAGUGAAUGAGUUGAACUUGGAGAUGGAGACGAGCGAGCCGCUGCAGUACGUGCGCGGGCUGCGGGCGCGCCUGGCGCAGCGCAUGGAGAGGUUCAGCGCCAACCACAGCCGCACCAGCUCCGCCAGCACCUUCACGCAGUUCAUCGCCAUGAGCAUCCUGCUGGAGGGGAAAGAAGAUUUCACACCAGAACACUGCAGUGAGAUCGGCGUGCUGCUGAGUUCCGGCGACGUGGUGUCAGCGGAGGUGCCUCUCGUUCUAGCAGAGAUCAGCAGGACGCUGGAGCAGUCGGGCAAGGUGGAGGAGUUCCGCGCGCUGCAGCCCGCAGCCGCCAUGCUCUGGUUAAGAAGAAAUCUACCUCACGUACACAUGGAUAUCUGCCAGUUUCUAGAACAACACGGUCACAGAGCUAUUAUGGAGUUCGAUUUAGCGACAAAACCAUGGGCACUAGUACCUGAGGAAUUCAUAAAAGUACUACAAACUAUGCCGACGACGAAAGAUGAGAAUAAAACAACUAGAAGUAACGCAGAAAUUAUAGCAUCUUUAAAGACACCUCAAAAACCAAACACUAGGAAAGCAUUACGUUGGGUUCUUCCUCUUUGCCAUCGUUCAGUUCGUCACCGCGAGCAGACGAAGGCGCAUCUCAUCCUCGCGAUACAUAAACUGAGGAUUUCCAUACUAAACCUGGCGAAGCUGCUCGUGCGCCAGUGGUACCUGCCGCAUCCUGACCUCGUAUUCUUCUUUAGACUCAAUGAACUCCAAGCUUAUAUAGAAAAGAGAAAUCCAGCGAUAUUAAGGAAGGCUAUACAGCGUCAACAGCUGUACCCGAGCUGGUGCAAGCUGAAGUUCGCGGAGGUGAACACUGGGUGGGUGGAGGCGCUGGCGGCGGCGCCCGCGCUGCCCGCCGGUGACGUCAUCAUACACGCCACCUCCGUCUGCGGCGGGGAGGUGGUGGGCAGGGCCUGCGUCGUCAAGGACCUAUCAGAGAUUAGCGAGUUAAAGUCAGGAGAUAUAUUGAUAACUCAUUCCACCGACAUCGGCUGGUCGCCGUACUUCCCGCUGCUGAGCGGAAUCGUCACAGAACUUGGCGGUCUUAUAUCCCAUGGCGCGGUAAUAGCUCGUGAGUACGGACUGCCGUGUAUCGUGGGCGCCACAGACGCCACGCGCGCCUUCGCCACCGGCGACACCGUGCGCCUCUGCGCCAGCGCCGGCUCCCUGCAGAGAGUAUAUCUACAAACUGACAGUGUGCCGCUUGAAUGUCUAGAUUGUGGAUUGUAGUUGAAUAAACGCUUUUUUAAAUUA